AUGUCGUCCACCAGCGAAUCUCCUUUGACUACGCCCAACUUUGACACGAAUAUAUUCAGUCCCUCAGAAACACAACCGGAAGAGUGGUCAGAGAAACGAACAGGCUCUAAUGAGAUAAUACCAAAGGUUGAGGAAGCGGAGCUCCAAUUAGCAGACGUGAAGGAAGAGCCGUUGGCAGAAGACGAACCAAUCUCCCCAACAGAACCUGUACGGAUACGACGCGCUCGUGGCCGGCCGCGAAUACAUCCGCCUCGCUCUCCGACCGCGGGGGCCGCGGGGGCCAAAAGAUCGAAGACAGGUUGCACAACAUGUAGAAAACGAAAAAAGAAGUGUGACGAGACUAAGCCUUUUUGUCUGUCGUGUCAGAAGAACAAUAUUCAUUGUGAAGGCUACAAGCCUGUUGAAAUAUGGAAGAGUGGAAAAGAGAGGGCAGCAGAAGCCCGAAAACGCAGCCUAGACAUCAAGUUCGAGCUUCCACCCCUCAUGGAAGGCGUCGAAAACGACCUUGAUCGCGAUCUCUUGCAACACUUCGCCAGCAGGGCCAGCGCUGUCCUGACUUUGCACGGAGAGAAAUCAACGAACCCUUUCACUAGAAUAUUGUUGCCGAUGGCUCUACAACAUGAGGGCCUGAUGCACUCUGUGCUGUGCUUAUCAGCGUCGCACAUGUACUCUGUGCAUCCGUCACAAGAGUAUGAAGACAGACAAGCCUUCCAUCGAGGCAAAGCGCUACAACUGCUCAAGCACGAUCUCGAACGGCAAAAGGCUGGGGAAGGCGGCGUUAUGGUCUAUGAGGACUCUAACGUUGCCCAGAUCUUGAUACAUCUUCUUCAUUCCAUCUGCGAUGGCAACACGUCCGGCGAGUAUAGAAUGCACAUGAUUGCUGCCAAGCAGAUUGCGAUGAACCAAAAGUCCGCCAACCCGGAGUUUCAGUCGCUCUUCGACGAGUUCUUCUACUAUCACUGGAUCGCAAGUCAAAUCACGUCCCUUGAUGGCGCUGAAGUGCCUAUGAUGGACAACUUCAAUCUUCCCUUCGAAAUAAAUCCAGAGACAGCUGCACUGAUUGGUGUAUCGGACGGCCUGUUCGGUUUCAUUUCCAAGACCAGCAACCUACGACGAAGGCUUCGUACGCGAAUAGACAACAAGCAAGAGCCGACCAUGGACUACGAGGCUCUGCUUGCUGCCCACGCUAUCGACACUGGCUUGCGCGGGUGGGUAUGUCCACAGGAACCCGGAUCACCUCGCUACACAAUCUCCAUGCUAUAUCGCCAAGCAACGUGGGUGUAUCUAUAUCGCACGACGAAGGAUUCCCAACCUCAUCCUUUCAUUAAAAGCGCCGUUGAUGCGGGCAUACGCUACAUCAACGAGCUACCUGCAGAAGGCUGGAUUCAGAGCAAUGUUCUACUUCCCUUGUUUCUCAUCGGUUGCGCAGCGUUCGAAGAGGAGCAACGUGUCGAGAUCAACAGAGCAUUCAAUGGCCUGAUGGCCUGCACUGGGCUAGGCAACAUUGGGUUUGCAAAAGAGGUGGUCGACGAGAUUUGGAUGCUCAUGGAUGCUGGGGAUCCAGAGUCAUGGGAUUGGGAGAAAAGGGUAUACGCCCGAGGUUGGGAUUUCUUGGUAACGUGA